AUGCCUCGUGUCAAGUACAUCCUUCUCGACUGCGACAACACCCUCUGCUUGUCCGAGCGCCUUGCCUUUGAGGCCUGCACCGACUUGACCAACGAAGUCCUCGAGAAGUGGGGCAAGCCCGAGCGAUACACUGUCGACCAGCUCCUCGAGGACUUUGUCGGCCACAACUUCCGCGGCAUGCUCGUCGGUCUCCAGAAGAAGCAUGGCUUCACCAUGACUCCCGAGGAGGUUGAUGCCUACGUCGACCGUGAGCUCGGCGCCGUCACCGCCAAGCUGAGCGAGAAGUGCAAGCCCUGCCCUGGUGUUCCCGAGCAGCUUGAGUGGGCUAAGCAGCAAGGCUAUCCCAUGUCUGUUGUCAGCACUUCGGCCAAGCCCCGUGUCGUCGCCAGUGUCAAGAAGACGGGCAUUGACCACUACUUCAAGGACGAGCACAUCUUCAGCGCAGCCACUUCCAUGGAGAAGCCCUCCAGCAAGCCCGACCCCGCCAUCUACAACUUUGCCUGCGAGAAGCUCGGCGUUGCCAAUAAGGAUACUGUCACCGUCGAGGACAGCAAGAGCGGCGCCACUGCUGCCAUGCGCGCUGGCAUCCCUCUCAUCGGCUACGUUGGUGUCUACGGUAUUGAAGAGGGCAAGGAGAAGAUGGAGCAGAUGGCUAAGCUCCUCACCGAGGAGUGCAAGGCUGCUGUCAUCAUGUACGACUGGAAGGAGUUCCCCGAGUGCCUCAAGAAGAUCGAGUCGCUGUAA